AUGGAUGUGGUUGACAGCCUUCUUGUGAAUGGAAGCAACAUCACUCCUCCCUGUGAACUCGGGCUCGAAAAUGAGACCCUUUUCUGCUUGGAUCAGCCUCGUCCCUCCAAAGAGUGGCAGCCAGCGGUGCAGAUUCUCUUGUACUCCUUGAUAUUCCUGCUCAGCGUGCUGGGAAACACGCUGGUCAUCACCGUGCUGAUUCGGAACAAGCGGAUGCGGACGGUCACCAACAUCUUCCUCCUCUCCCUGGCUGUCAGCGACCUCAUGCUCUGCCUCUUCUGCAUGCCCUUCAACCUCAUCCCUCAUCUGCUCAAGGAUUUCAUCUUCGGGAGCGCCGUCUGCAAGACCACCACCUACUUCAUGGGCACCUCUGUGAGUGUAUCUACCUUUAAUCUGGUAGCCAUAUCUCUAGAGAGAUAUGGUGCGAUUUGCAAACCUUUACAGUCCCGGGUCUGGCAAACAAAAUCCCACGCUUUGAAGGUGAUUGCUGCUACCUGGUGCCUUUCCUUUACCAUCAUGACUCCGUACCCCAUUUAUAGCAACUUGGUGCCUUUUACCAAAAAUAACAACCAGACCGCGAAUAUGUGCCGCUUUCUACUGCCAAAUGAUGUUAUGCAGCAGUCCUGGCACACGUUCCUGUUACUCAUCCUCUUUCUUAUUCCUGGAAUUGUGAUGAUGGUGGCAUAUGGAUUAAUCUCUUUGGAACUCUACCAGGGAAUAAAAUUUGAGGCUAGCCAGAAGAAAUCUGCUAAAGAAAGGAAACCCAGCACCACCAGCAGCGGCAAAUAUGAGGACAGUGAUGGGUGUUACCUGCAGAAGUCCAGGGCCCCGAGGAAGCUGGAGCUCCGGCAGCUGUCCACCGGCGGCAGCAGCAGGGCCCACCGCAUCCGGAGCAGCAGCUCCGCGGCCAACCUGAUGGCCAAGAAGCGGGUAAUCCGCAUGCUCAUCGUCAUCGUGGUCCUUUUCUUCCUGUGCUGGAUGCCCAUCUUCAGCGCCAACGCCUGGCGGGCCUAUGACACCGCCUCUGCGGAGCGCCGCCUCUCAGGGACCCCCAUUUCCUUCAUCCUCCUCCUGUCCUACACCUCCUCCUGCGUCAACCCCAUCAUCUACUGCUUCAUGAACAAACGCUUCCGCCUCGGCUUCAUGGCCACCUUCCCCUGCUGCCCCAAUCCUGGUCCUCCAGGGGUGAGGGGAGAGGUGGGGGAGGAGGAGGAAGGCAGGACCGUAGGAGCCUCUCUGUCCAGGUUCUCAUACAGCCAUAUGAGUGCCUCGGCGCCACCCCAGUGAGCUGUCCCCUGACCCUCCACUGCAGAAGGAAGGAGGGGAGGAGGCAGAGGAGGAAGAACAGAAGAAGAGAUCAGGAAGAGAAGGAAGCAGGGGUGAUGGAGAAGGAAGGCUCUAUCUCCAGUGGGAACUCUUCAAGGUCUGCUUUUCAUCCUUCAUCUGGAUUCCAGAGCACUGCUUCCGUGGGGCCAUGACUUGGUUUCUAGGCGGUUCAAAGCAGGAAAUGUUAAGUAACACUCAC